ACCGAAUCAAAGUUGUUCAGUGUCAACUUUUUCCGGUUAUUCAGAGUUAUGCGACUUGUCAAGUUAUUGAGUCGUGGUGAAGGGAUACGGACUUUGCUGUGGACAUUCAUCAAAUCAUUUCAGAUCUCUCUGGUGAACCAGGAUAGUGCAAUAACUCCGAAUAAUAAUUUCCAGACAUUCCUUCAAUCAGUCCUAGUUCUUUUUCGUUCCGCGACCGGAGAGGCCUGGCAGGAAAUUAUGUUGGGCUGCAUUUAUCGUAAGUUCAUUCAUAAACUAUUGAAGUGGGUUGACCUCGAUUUCGAAAUUUGGCCGGGUUGUCAAGGUGACUUAGUUAAACGGACCUUUGUUUGCCCUUGGUUUUCGUAA